AUACGAUAUUAUAUAUUGGUUGUGCAUUGGGUUUUCAACAUUGGUCCAAUAUUAGAAGGUUGACACUUUAACCAAUAUUAGUCCAAUUUUUUUUGUAACCCAAGCGGUCCCGAUAGCUAGCUACAGCUCGAUUGUCUUUUAUCAGAUUCGCAAGCCUCCUCCCGCGUUAAAAUAAAUGCGAAUCUGAUAAAAGACGAUCGAGCUGUAGCUAGCUAUCGGUCGGAGAAAAGUCGUGUAGCGAUAGCUUUCAGUAGUCAAGUAACAAUGGCUCUACGAUAUACAAACCAAGAAUUAGCGGAUAUGCUGCUAAUUUAUGGCGAAUGUCAUAAGAAUGCGAGAAGAGCUGCAGCUCUGUACGCAGUUCAUUAUCCGGAUAGGCGGCACCCGGCGUAUUCGCGAGUGUAUAUCGUAGACUUUGCCAAUCUGGAACUGCACGAAUCAACACGUCCUCGAAAUGUUCGAGAACGCGACGAACAAGUCAUCCAACAAGUACGAGAAGCCGUGUCAGCGAAUCCACACACGAGCACUAGGUGUGUUGGACGUGAACUUAAUUUACAUAAUGUCAGGGUGCACAGGAUAAUUAAGAAAAACCUACAGCAUCUAUUCAAACGAUAUACGACGCAACAAUUAUUGCCGCAAGAUUUACCUCGCCGAGAACAAUUUUGCGAUUGGAUCACAGAUCAAGUUGACAUAGAAAAUAUCGCAAAUGAUAAUUUUCUACGAAAAAUUUUAUGGACGGACGAAUGCACGUUUCGGAGCGAUGGUCGCAUCAAUCUUCUUCUUCUUCUUUCGUUGAAUUGGCACCCGUCCCCAGUAACUAGUAGGGCAGGGACGAUUUGGCCAUUAACCAGAAUAAUUUUUCGGGUAACAGAAAGGUAUAGAUGGUGGGGUGAGAGAUGUAACGGGUAGACAGUGAUUAUGAUGAUAGAAAGAAUUGGUGAUGGCGGAGCAACCGGAGCUCCGGGAGCACGCGCGCGCGCUUCGAACAGCUACGGAGCUACUUGAAGUUAGAGUC